AUGAAAUGGGUGGAAGGUUCAAAACAAGGCAUUGUCGUGGCUGGUGGUCAAGGAGAAGGAAAUGGUCCUACACAAUUGUAUCCUCCUGGAGGAAUCGUUGUCGAUCAAUUGGGCACUGUCUAUGUGGCUGAUGAUGAGAAUGAUCGAAUCAUGCGUUGGCCCAAAGGAGCCACACAGGGAAGUGUCAUUGUUGGUAGAAACGGUAGAGGACGACUAUCAAAUCAACUCAAUCAGCCCGACGGUUUGUUAUUCGAUCGACACGGCAAUCUCUAUGUCGUCGACUAGGGACAUUAUUCAGUCGAAAAAUUCGAACUCCAAUCAAACAAAUAACAAACGAACACUCGAGAAUAAAUCUAAUUUUUGCUUGCCUUAUUUACUAAUUAACUUAAUAAUUAAUUAAUUGUUUGCUUGUGAUUACGUGGAAUUGAUUAAUACAAAAAAAGAAACAGAAUUGUAAACCUACCUACACUGGCAUAAGAACGUUUGUGAAACGAAUAAAUAGAAAUGGACAAGCAGGGUGGACACCUGGGUGACUUCACUCAAAAAGACAACAUAGAAAUCUCUCGGAUAAUUUCAAGACUUUCAAUGGAUCAAGUAAACGGAAGCUGCAUGAUCCUAGAAAUUCAGAAAUCUCUUAUAGGUUCCCAUAAAAUAGAGAUUUACGAACAAUGAUUCCCAUGUUUCGAACAUUUGCUAUAACCUUUUGCUUUCUUUUAGUUCACUUAUCAUUUCCUUAUCACCGAGACAACAACGAGAUGGAAUAAAAAUAGAAGGACAAGAUACAGUCGCAUGUAUUAUAGAAAAGAAUCACGGAUUUCCUCCUUCCCGACAGGUCGGAUUACACACAGGACUACGAAAAGGUAUCUUCUCUCACUCUUACGAAUCGGUGGCAACACUACGAUCGUCACAUUGGUCUUUAGAAUAACUAACACAUGCUCGAUUCAAUGAUAUUCCUAACAUUUCAAUAUAUCAGACAGAGAGAAGCGUUGAAAUCGUCUAUAUCCUUAAAUCCUUAUCACUUCACAUAGGGGACGAAUUCCCAAACGAGGACUCAAAGGGUUCGAAGGCGUCGAACCAUGUGCUCUUUGAAUAAUGAAGCGAAUGGUGGAUUUUAUUAUAUUCCAGCGAUUCCAAUAGAUCACACAAACGGAAGCUAUUGAAUCUUGGAAGUGCUCAAAUUCCUCUUGUGCUCACACAGUGCAGCCAUUCCCAGUUAACGAUCCCAAGGUUUCCAGAAGUUGAAUUCAUAUCGGCUCCUUGAAUAAUCAUGGAGAUGAUGGAUGCCAUCGUAGUCCUUGGAUUCCAGUACAUGUUACAAUGGAAUCCUUGGAAUCCUAUGAAUGUGGGUAUCUAUCAUAGGUUGGAACAGCGCAACAAUUGUUAAACAACCAUUCGAAGGUUUCCGAUAGGAAAUCCAAGUCUCCUUUCUCAAUAAUGAAGCAUAUGGCGAUUUCUCUAAUAUUUGGAUUUUGUUAGAUCAAAUGUAGGGAUGUAUGGGAGUCUUAGGAAUUUUGAAAUUCCUUAGAUGUUCAGACAGCGAAGGAACAGUCAAAGGUCGAUAGCAAAGUUUGCAUGUCUUGGGUCUAUUUCAGCUCUUUGAAUAUGUUAGCGUCAGUAAUGAUAGACUCUGGCGCUAAACGAAGAUUAAGAUGUUUCUCCUAGUCUAACUGACUUAGAACAUGUGCCCGGAGAGCAGAAGGUGUUCGUUCAAGUCACGCGAAGGUAAUCUUUUCCUUCGUUCUGUUACAUAACAUCAGUGAUACUGCUUGCUCUUUCGUUCUAUACGCAUUGAACGUAACAGAAAAGUGAAAGAGAUGGUGGAUUUUAUGAAAUUCCGGAGGUUUGAAUAGAUCAGAAAAGGAAACCCUUGAAUUUUCAGGAAUGCCCAGAUCCCUAUAUGUUCACAUAGCGCAGGAAUCCCCAGACAACGUUCUAGAAUAUACUAAGGAUUCUAAUACAUCCGGUAAAGGGUAGCCUGUGCAUCCAAUGAAUCCAGAAAUGGCUUAUCGGUUCUCAUAGAAGAGGAAUGUCCAAUGUAAGAUUCGUAGGCUACGAAGCGCUGAGGCGAUAUGUGGUCUGCUGAAUGAUGGAGGCUAUGACGAAUAUUUAGUAACAGAUUUUAGCUAGUCCUUGAGAUCAGACGGAGACAAAACUUUAAAUUCCAUUACUCCAGAAUCUCUUUAUGUGUCCUGUAGGAUACGAAUGGAAAAAUACAUAUUCCGAAGUUAGCAAGACUUUAGACGAUUUAUUACGUGAAUACUAAUAAAGACCAUGACGCGUUAUGUUGGAUUUCAAGAAUUCGAAAAGGUCAGACUGUGAACCGUGGGAAUCUUACGGACCGCAAAAUCGUUCGAAUGGUCGUAUAGGAUGUGGUUUGCCAAAGAAAGAAUUUAAUGAUUUGAAAAGUUAAACAAAUCUGUGGUGUUGAGAAUAAAGUUUAUCAUGGUGGUUUCUUUAUGAUCGUAGCUACUACAAGGAACAAGCGGGGAAUGGCGGAUUUCGGAUUCCCUGGAUUUCCUGGAUUUUCAUGGGAUUUACGGAACAUUUAUAAUAAUAAUUUGCAUUCCCGAAAUUCAUAUUGGAUCUCUAGGAUCUUAAUUAUAGUUCUAAAAGUCUCGUAGAAGUCAGAGUUAGGAUUUCAUUGCUCUAUAAAUUAGUUUAAAAAGCUGUAUUAAGCUAUUGUGGCAAAAUAUUGUUUAUCUUGAAAGUUCUAGACAUUUAACUUUAUGAGAUAAGUAUAAAGUCGAUUUUUAAAAUAGAGCUGGUUGCUUUCAUAUAUUUCUCGCAAAAUGCAUCAGGCAGAAUAACAAAGAGCAACCAGGCAUUAGACAAAUCAAUGCAAGUGUGAAACGGUGGAUUUCAGAUUUCGAAAUUUCAAGGAUUUUCAUUGGAUCUCAAGGAUUCUCAUAGGAUUUCAUGGAUUCCCGGGAUUCCCAUUGGAUUUCAUGGAUUCUCGGGGUUCCCAUUGGAUUUCUCAAGAGUGUCAGUGGAUUUUCAGAAGUUGCAUUGCGUUUAGACACUUCCCAUGUAACUAGUACCGUUCUAGUUGUAAAUCAGGGAACCUCACGGAACUUGAAAAGUAAUCAUUAUAUCAAUGAGUAAGUAAGGGGAAGUUCAGAUAUAAAAAAAAAUCUAUUGCCAUCAAAAACCUAGAUAUGUCACCUAUCGAGAUGGAUAUCAAGACUCCUGGAGCAAUAGAGCAGUUUAAUCUUCUUAGUUUUUAUUGAAAAAAAACACAAAACAAGAAAAGAAAAAUAUCAACAACAAGAAUGUGUAACACAAUGUACAGAAAAAGAUGCCAUUUUGAAUAAUCAAUAUAUUUGCCUAUGUGGCUUUUGUACUCAGCGAUUCGACUGUUGAACACGUUGUAGUCGAUCAGAGGAUUGCAUGUCAUUCUGAUCUGUUAAAAGCCAGCAAGCUGUUUGCUUAUGUAUAUAUUUCUUUUUACCAUCGAUUUCGACGCAAAAAUAGGAGUUCGAAAGUGAAGAAGGAAUCGUAUCAACCACUCUCAUGCCACGAAAUUGAGAUUUAUCGCUUGUUGAAAGAGAAGGUAUGUCGUCCGUUUCAUCUUCAGAACAAGUAGAUUCCUCUGAUUCCAAUAAAAGAUUAGCACCAUAUUUUCAGUUGUAAGUUGACUCCUCCUCCUCAUCAUCGUCAUCAGAUGGAUGGUUAUUACUACCAUCAGAAUAGAUUAUUUUCAAUUUUUUUCGAAUCAAGCUCGUACAAGUGAGCUAAUUUCUUUCAUUGUAGUUUUUUUCAUAUCUUCCAAAGCAAUAUUCAUAUCUAGUUCAGAAAGCAGAUUAUAGACAUCAUCGAAAGCUCGAUCAAUAGCUCUUUAAUAUUAUCGUAUUUAAGAAGAAUACUGGAUAUAUUUAAUCGUAAGUUUUUGGCAGCAGAGUAGUUUCGUCUUCGUUUCUAAUGCUUCAGAUACUGUAAUGGACAUUGUAGUUGACCAGAUUCACUUUUAUUUUCGAGAUCGGUUAGCACAGAGAGCUUACUAACUCGUUUAAGAAAUUAUUGAGUAGUAAAAUUUACUACUGAAGAAAAUGUACCUGACAUUGAUCUAGUAAGUCGAAAAGUACCCUCACAUGACUGUGAAUGAUCGUUUGAUAUUGACAGAGCAGAUUCAGGUAAGUCAUGCUGACUUACGAGAAGGCAAAUGACAAGCAAACUAUGAGCAUUAAGUUCGAUGGAAAAAUGUGCAGGAGUAUCGAUAAAUAAGUCUUUUUUUUUUCUAUUUUGAAAUGAUAUUUUGAAAUAUCCUCCUCAUCAACUACAUGUAGCCAAGUUUGCCAUAUACGACAUAAAAAUACUGCUAACCAAGUAUGAUAUAUGCGAUCAAUAAUCGGCGUAUCAUGCUCUACGUAGGCUAAUACGAUGUUGCGCAACAAGCGCAAAUAAACUCAUGUAUCUUGAGAACCAUCAAUAUCUUCAAGAGCAAUGAUUAUAGCAUCACUUGAUAGCUUGACAC